AUGUGUUUAAAAGGAAAAGUAAUGAUUAUUACUGGUUCAGGAAGAGGAAUUGGUAAAGCAUGUGCUAUUGAUGCAGCUUCAGAAGGAGCAAAAGUUGUAAUAGCUGAGAUUUCUGAAGAAAUGGGAUCAUCAGUUGUCAAUGAAAUAAAAGAAAUAGGGGGAGAAGCAGAUUUUGUUCAGACUGAUGUUUCAAAUUUAGUUGAAUUGAGUGCAGCAAUAAAAUUUGCUGCUGAAAGAUAUGGACGAUUAGAUAUUAUAUUAAGCAAUGCUGCAAUAGUUAUAAACAAACUUGCUCAUGAACAUACAGAAGCUGACUGGGAAUCUCUUAUGGCAGUAAAUGCAAAAUCUUAUUUUUUUGGAGCAAUAUAUGCCAUUGAACAAUUUCGUAAACAGGGAGGAGGAGGUGUUAUUUUAAAUACCGCUUCAAUAGACGCUUUGCAAGGAGAUUAUGCUUUAUCAUUAUACUCAAUGGCUAAGGGUGCUAUAGCACAAUUAACCCGUUGUAUAGCAGUAGAAUAUGCACGCGAAAAUAUCAGAGUAUUAUCUGUCAGUCCAGGUGUAACUCGUACAGAGAUGCAAAUGGCUGUUAUCAAUGAAAGUGCUGAUCCAGAGAGGAGAUUGAAAGAGAGAAAUGUUCGUAUACCAGCUGGUCGAAUGGUCGAGCCUUAUGAAAUAGCUAAAGUAGUUAGUUUCUUAGCUAGUGAUGCGGCUUCAGGAAUGACAGGAACAAUGGUUGCUGUUGAUUUGGGACUAAGUUCUUCUUGGGAUUUUCCUUCAGAGGCUACCAAAACUUAA